ACCGCCGCAGCACGGAGAGGAACGGCGGGAGCGCAGGAUACCAAAGGAUUCUUAUGCACCUCCUGGAUCUUCCUAGAAACCACUGAAUGUGUGGAUGAAGGACCUGAGCGAAAGGUCCCUGCCUGUGCAGUGUGCAGCGCUUUUGGAGGUGGAUGAACGAGGGAUGCAGUCGUCACAGGUCAUGGCUCUGGUGAAGGAGAGAGGCAGUUGCAGAGGGCAGCCCUGGUCUACCUGCUGCCAUGGUAUGUUGUGAUACCACCUUCCCUUCAGGCACCUGGAACUGAAAAAAUACCCACGUCCCAUGGCCAAGGGCACCAGGUGACACGUGAGGGUGACCAAAGAACCCUCAUCUAAGAGGGUUUCCAUCUUGAGAGUGGUGAAUGAAAACACACUGAGUCCUGCCUGGUAGAGACCAGAGCAGAGGAACCGCCAUGGCUGCUGCACUCAGCACUGCAAACAUAACUUCACGUGCUACCCAGACUGUGAAACUGCACGUAGUGAAGACAAGAAUGCUAUCUAGAGAUGGUAACAACUCCUGUUUCUACCCACUGCUUCUCUUCUCCUGCUCCAGAGGCCAUUUAAGCCCUAUGAAAUCCAGUUGUCUCUAUUCAGGAUUUUCCCUUAGUUGAAUAAAAGCAGGGCUGUGAGUUUUACCAGAGCUUUAUGGCCAUCCUGUUUGACCACGCUGGUACCCCAGGGCUCUGCCUGUCAGUUUUGUGGAGCUCGUGACUGACUGAACUGGAUCACGCUUCUGUUCAGGUUUUCUCCCGUGUGGGAUGUGCGAUCAGCCUGGUGUUCAGAUCCCCUUAACCAGCCCCACUCUUCCUCUUUCGAGGGAAGCACCACCAGUCAUUGCAGUCAUUCACCGUGUGCAAGACCAGGAGCAUCUCAGUACAUGGAACAUGCUGCGAGCUUCAGCACCGACGCAUUGAGAACUGGUUCCCAAAACAGCAUUUGAAGACUGGAUGUUUGAUGAAGAGAAAGCCAGAAUGAUCUGGAGGAAUAAACGAGAACUGAGCUCUGCACCGUUUGGAAGCAGGUUCUGAUCUACAAAUCGGGCAGAAAUCAGGUUUACAUCAGGAAUCCAGGCAGUAUUGUAUUGUCUCUUGGGUACUCUACCAGGAGAGAUCUUCAUAAAUACCAGAAGUGGGACAUUCAGAUGUUAGAGUGGAAGUGAAAAUACUUUUGAAGAUAGCUUUGUCCCAGCUAUGUUGGGGCAUAGGUCACAUGCCCAGAUUUUUCUAUUGCAGCCUCUCACUUUCCAGUAAUGAUUUAUGCAGCUGCUGUUUUCAACAAGUUGGUUUUUCUUCAGUGUUGGGCUCCAGUAUGAGAAGUUGUAAUUCAGCAAAAAGGUGAGCAUCUUUCUUCAUCAUCCCGGAAAGAUUACAUUGAAAACUGAAAUCAGUUCAGAGGAUGACUCAGUAUAACCUUUCGACAGAGCUCUCUCUCCAGAGCUCAGCAAAUAAGUCAUUAAAUUUUACUGAACCACCGCUGGCUUUGGAUGAAAGGACAUUAUUAGGGCUGAAGAUAUCCCUGUCGGUCCUUCUGUCUGUCAUAACUUUGGCAACGAUCCUUGCAAACAUUUUUGUUGUUAUUACAAUUUUUUUUACUAGAAAGCUCCACACACCUGCAAAUUACCUCAUUGGCUCCUUGGCAGUAACAGAUCUUUUAGUGUCCGUCCUCGUGAUGCCCAUCAGUAUCGCUUACACUGUCACCCACACGUGGGCCUUUGGCCAGGUGCUGUGUGAUAUCUGGUUAUCAUCAGACAUCACGUGCUGCACAGCCUCAAUCCUACACCUCUGUGUUAUUGCGCUGGACAGAUACUGGGCUAUCACAGAUGCUUUGGAAUAUGCCAAACGCCGGACUGCUGGCCGAGCAAUGCUCAUGAUCGCCGUGGUUUGGAUGAUCUCCAUUAGUAUUUCUGUGCCACCUUUUUUUUGGAGGCAAGUGAAAGCUCACGAAGAAAUCGCGAAGUGUAAUGUGAACACAGAUCAGAUUUCCUACACCAUUUAUUCCACUUGUGGAGCUUUCUACAUUCCGACUGUGCUCCUCCUGAUAUUAUAUGGUAGAAUUUAUGUAGCAGCUCGAUCCAGGAUCCUGAAGCCACCCUCACUGUAUGGGAAACGAUUCACUACUGCACACCUGAUAACUGGCUCUGCUGGGUCUUCCCUCUGCUCCAUUAACGCAAGCCUUCACGAAGGGCAUUCCCAUUCUGGUGGCUCCCCAAUAUUUAUCAAUCACGUUCAAAUAAAACUUGCAGAUAGUAUUCUGGAGAGGAAAAGAAUUUCUGCUGCGAGAGAAAGGAAAGCCACCAAAACUUUAGGGAUUAUUCUAGGAGCUUUCAUUUUCUGCUGGCUGCCGUUCUUUGUCAUGUCCCUGGUCCUGCCUAUCUGCCAGGAUGCAUGUUGGUUUCAUCCCAUCCUGUUGGACUUUUUUACAUGGUUAGGUUACUUAAACUCAUUAAUCAAUCCUGUCAUUUAUACAGCUUUUAAUGAAGAAUUCAAACAGGCUUUCCAAAAACUAAUACAUUUCAAAAAGUGCUCGUCUUGAUCCUCUACUGUUGCAUUACUGAGCUUUGCACAAUCUUGCAGCCUCCCCUGAGAUUUUUUGUGCUUUGAUUCCUGGGUGCAGAGUGGUGAUCUCCAUCCCUGUGCUGUGCAUGGAACAGGGAACGUCUCUGUUUGGUUUGGCAAGUUUGGUUCUCUCUGUCUGGGACUCUAUAUACCAUAAGAUAACUUGUCUGUGGUCUCUGCAGUGAUCAUUUGUAUGCGUAAUAUCAACAGAUGAAGUAAAGCUUGCAACAGGUGAAAGACAGAACAGAAAGCUGAGUUUGUGCAGGGCUGCUCUGAAAGUAAUGCCUCCUGGUUUGUAGUGUUGGCCCACAACGCCAGAGGUGGGUGUUGGUGGGAUGGCAGUAGAAGUUGAACCUUCCUGCCAAUAUCCCAUUACAUACUGCUGCUGCAUGACUUGUGGCAGCAGUCUGAUAAACGGUGUCUGAAAUAGAAGUGUGUAUAUAGCAAAGGUGUGUCAUCGAAUUCCUCCAUGCAGGAAAAAAUGGCAUCCAUUGACAUUCAUCGACACUUUGGAACGUUUCUGGAGGCCCAGCAGUGGAUGUGAGCACAGUGAGGCGGUGAGUGGUGCAUUUCAACAGAGGUGACAGUGAUGAAACAGUUGAGUUGCAUUCUGGACAGCCAUGCAGAUUUUUAGAGCGUGGCAUGCAGCUCUUGUUCAUUGCUGGUGAAAAUGCACAGCUAAUG